CAGCAACAUUUUCAUUCUUACUUUUUUGAUUGACACGUUUGACGUCCGAAUAUGAUUCAAAGGCAUUCCGCUAAAAGCUGUGGUUCCAUUGAUUUUCGUUUUUUACAAGUGAAACCAACGCGAAACAUGGUCAUUCUUUCUGGGUCUUGAUGUUUGAAGUCUUUUGGUGGAAAAUUAGGCGAACCACAAGUAAUCUUAUUUUCCUAAUUUAUGCUGGAGAUGUGCGGUACAUGAAGAAUUUUUGGGUGAUAUCGACCCUCAAAUUUCGGUCUUGAUAUUGUUUUGCUUUGCAUUCAACAUCUCAGGUCUCAAGUAUAAGUUCCAGUGACUUUGUUCAUCACUGUUCUUCAAUAAGCUGCCUGGUAUUGGAAACAAGUAAAGGAAAAUUGACUCUUUGCUUGUUGAGAAUGACAGAAAUUUUCAGUGAUACAGCUUGCAGGCAGUUAUCUCAGAUGUUCUUGGCAGUUCUGUUCUUUCACAGUUCUGAAUAUGUUUUAGCAAUUGCCUUUCAUGGUAGUUCAAAUGUUACUCUGAAAUCACUUUUGAUUAGCAAAGACUAUCUUUUGGCGAUGGCAUUUGCAACGAUGGAGUACUUGGUUGAAAUUUUUUUCUUUCCUGGCUUGAAGGAAUACUGGUGGAUAAGCAAUGCAGGUCUUGCAAUGGUUAUAAUUGGGGAAAUAAUUAGGAAAAUGGCUAUUAUAACAGCUGGUCAAGCCUUCACACAUCUGAUUAAGAUUUACCUUGAGGAACACCACCAACUUGUUAGUCAUGGAAUCUAUAGCUUCAUCCGCCAUCCUGGAUACUGCAGUUUCCUCAUCUGGUCUGUUGGCAUACAGAUAAUGCUGUGUAAUCCCAUCUCCACAGUUGGAUUUGCAAUUGUUGUAUGGAAUUUUUUUCAUGAGAGGAUACCAUAUGAAGAAUAUUUCUUGAGACAGUUUUUUGGAUCACAGUAUGAUGAAUAUGCCAGGCAAGUUCCUUCUGGGGUGCCAUUUGUAAAAUGAUAGUAAAUGGUCAUAUUGGCAGGGUAGCAUUUGUCUUGGAUACUCGCUUCAUCGACAAAGUUCACCGCUGUUUUAUUAUAGAGGUGAACAUCUUUGAUGCUGAACAGAAUAAUGGUGGUGAGAGUGACUAUUUUAUUAAUCUCACUCGCUUUUUGCUCGGCUGAGAACGUAUUAUUGAGAUAGGAAGUGUUUAUGAAGGUUUUUUGUUUUUGUAAAACAGUGCAGUAUUUCUAACUUUUGGUUGUCAUAUUUUGUGCUUGGUUUUCUUACAAUUUUUGUCAAACUGCAAUACAGAGAUUGCUUCCUAUUAAUCAAUUUCACCGAUACUUGCUGAUA